UAAUCAAAUUAAAAACAUUGAAUCAUUUCCCUGAUCUUCUAUUGGUAAAGUACGAAAAGGAAAACCAGAAGCAAAAUCUAGAAAGGCAACCAAAAAAAACUGAAAUCGAUUUACAAAAUUACAAUCAAAGCUCAUAAAGUAAGAUCCCAAAUCCCCCUUCUUAAAUUUCCUUUUAAAUUUUCUCAAUUUUCUCUUCUUCUUUUUUGCUUCAACCAGUUUAUCCAUCCACUCUGAAACCCCCCCAAUUUCUCUUUUUUUUUUCUGUAAUUAAUUUAUUAGUAUUUGAAAAUUUUUGGGUAUUUUAGAUCUGGGUUUUUCAGUUCAUGCAAGAUUUGGGUUUUUUUAAUGAAUUUUUUUGAUGGGUUCUUGAAUAGAAAUUCUGGGUUUUGAUCCAUUGAUUGAAUAAAGUACAAAAUUAGGAAGCUGAAACAAUUUUCUUUUAGAAAUGGGGAAGCCGUUGUUUUAUGAGGUAAUGGAGAAACCAGCAACAAGUUGUAUAAUAGGUAUAUGUACAACAAUAUGGUUUUACAUACAAAAGAAGAACAUUGGUUAUCAACAUGUUGGUGUAAGUUAUGAAACCGCCAUUGAAGGUCACUAUUGGAGGUUAAUUACUUCAGCUUUUUCACAUAUCAGUGUUAUUCAUCUUGUUUUCAAUAUGAGUGCACUUUGGAGUCUUGGUAUUGUUGAACAAUUAGAUUAUUUAGGUCUUGGAAUAGCUUAUUAUCUACAAUAUACACUUGUUUUAGUCGUAUUAUCCGGUUUACUCGUAUUAGGAAUGUACCAUAUCUUGAUUCAACGGUUUAAGAUCGAGUAUUUCCGGCGAGUUACCGCUGUUGGGUAUUCUUGUGUUGUUUUCGGUUGGAUGACAAUUUUGUCCGUUAAGCAACCUUCGUCGAAAUUGGAUCUUUUCGGAUUCGUUUCGCUUCCCAUUAGUUUCGCGCCAUUCGAGUCGCUGAUUUUCACUUCGAUUAUCGUCCCGCAAGCGAGUUUUCUCGGUCAUUUAUCAGGAAUCAUAGUGGGGUAUGCUAUAGCUUGGGGUUUGAUUCAUGGGAUGACUAAUUAUUGGGCUGUUUCGAUGUUGGGAUGGAUUGUACUUAUUUUUGUAUUCAGUUUGAAACGGUCCGGUGCAUACGAUUUCAACUUCCUCGAAAUCGAAUCCGUUACGGAUCCUUCUCUUCCUUCUGUUCGGUUUAUGGGAAACAGUAGAACAUUGCAGAUGAGCUCGGUUCCCCUCGGAGGCAUCGAAAUAGCGUAGUUCAUUCCGAAGGUGUUGCCAUUAUAUGUACAAUGUAGGUCCGGAUCAUUGUGUCAUCCCUUAACAGCACUGCAGUUCAAUGGUAAUUCCGGAGUUGGAAAAACCGGGAUAUUCUUGAUGAUUCGAUGUUUCUGAUCAAUUGCGUUCAUCGGGUAUGAUCGGAUAAGUUUUCAGGUCUGUUUUUGAACUUCCAAAAGAUUUUUGCAUAAAUUUCUUUGUUGCUAAGGGUGGACUUCAAUUUUACUGAUAAUUGUUCAUCAUUAUUGUUAUUUUACCAUGUAGUUUAUGAUGAUGAAAAUUCAAUUUCAUAUGACAUUUAUGUUUGAAUAUAACUUGAAUAAAUAAAAAAACAUGUAUUUCUCUGGA